UUUCACAUUUUAUUCCAAAUUAUGAUGUAUUCGGGAGCCAGUUGUUGGCUUGGGUGGGCGGACAGCGCCCGGUCGGCGGUUGCUCUGCCCGGAGGCCCGCCUGUGCCUAGGUGUUUGAGGGGUUCGUUGGUGAGUGGGAGGCUCCUGCAGGCUUGAAGCUGAGCAGCGCUCGCCAGGGCCGGCGCCUUGGAGCCGGUCACUGCGGGCUUCGGUUCCCGCUGCACUCCGGCUUCGUCCAUUUCUGGUCAGUUUCGUGGGUGCGGCCGCCGGGGUCCAAGGGAGAGGCCCCGAAAGGACAAUGGGCACAUUCACCAGGCCUCGUGCCUCGGGUGGGGACAUUCGGGAUCACCUCCAGGGAAGAUUUUCCCGCCCCCUCUUCGGAUCGCCCAGGACCACACCGCAGCGUAACUGCAGGCCUCUCAGCGAAAAAGGGGGAAAGCAAAGACCCGGGUCUGCAUCUUCUACCUCGGCUUCCGCCCCUCUCCGGCGGAGUGGAGAUCCUAUUCAGAGGGGCCGGUCUCUCUAAAUAUGCCCCAGGAUGACCGAGCAGCCGCCGAGCGAGGCGGCUCACAGUGACCCCCAGCUAGAGGGACGGGACGCGGCCGAGGCCAGCAUGGCCCCCCCGCACCUGGUCCUGCUGAACGGCGUCGCCAAGGAGACGAGCCGCGCGGCCCCAGCGGAGCCCCCAGUCAUCGAACUGGGCGCGCGCGGAGGCCCGGGGGGCGGCCCUGCCGGUGGGGGCGGCGCCGCGAGAGACUUAAAGGGCCGCGACGCGGCGACGGCCGAAGCGCGCCAUCGGGUGCCCACCACCGAGCUGUGCAGACCUCCCGGGCCCGCCCCGGCCCCCGCGCCCGCCUCGGUCACAGCGGAGCUGCCCGGCGACGGCCGCAUGGUGCAGCUGAGUCCUCCCGCGCUGGCUGCCCCCGCCGCCCCCGGCCGCGCGCUGCUCUACAGCCUCAGCCAGCCGCUGGCCUCGCUCGGCAGCGGGUUCUUUGGGGAGCCGGAUGCCUUCCCUAUGUUCACCACCAACAAUCGAGUGAAGAGGAGACCUUCCCCCUAUGAGAUGGAGAUUACUGAUGGUCCCCACACCAAAGUCGUGCGGCGUAUCUUCACCAACAGCCGGGAGCGAUGGCGGCAGCAGAAUGUGAACGGGGCCUUUGCCGAGCUCCGCAAGCUGAUCCCCACACAUCCCCCAGACAAGAAGCUCAGCAAGAAUGAGAUCCUCCGCCUGGCCAUGAAGUAUAUCAACUUCUUGGCCAAGCUUCUGAAUGACCAGGAGGAGGAGGGCACCCAGCGGGCCAAGCCUGGCAAGGACCCUGUGGUGGGGGCUGGUGGGGGUGGAGGUGGGGGAGGGGGCGGCGCGCCCCCAGAUGACCUCCUGCAAGACGUGCUUUCCCCCAACUCCAGCUGCGGCAGCUCCCUGGAUGGGGCAGCCAGCCCGGACAGCUACACGGAGGAGCCCGCGCCCAAGCACACGGCCCGCAGCCUCCAUCCUGCCAUGCUGCCUGCAGCCGAUGGAGCCGGCCCUCGGUGAUGGGUCUGGGCCACCAGGAUCAGCCAGGAGGGCGUCCUUAGGCUGCUGGGAUGGUGGGCUUCAGGGCAGGUGGGAUGAGAAUUGGGCGGCUCUGAAGCAAGGCGGUGGACUUGAACUUUCCUGGAUGUCUGAACUCUGGGAAGCCUUUACUGACCCUGGGGCUGGCUUUUCUGUUUCCUGUACCAGUAGGAGAUCAGAAAAAUGGAGCACAGUGGUAGGUACUUUUUGUGAAGACGGCACGGUCUUCCCUCUUCCCUCAGUCCCAAAUCCUUCCCAAGUAAGAGGCUGGAGUUGUCACUGCUUUUGGCCUGGAGUUUGGGAUCCCUGUCUUUCCUAAGACCUGGGGUUGUCAGCUCUCAUCUGAGGCAUCCAGCAGUCUCUGCCUUGCCUUUAGCCCCUCCCAGGCUGGCUGGGGUGGCCUGUGUGGCCACUUCUGUCCAUAUUUAUAGGUACCCAAUAGCUGCCCAUUUCGUGAGCCCCAUCUUCACCCAGGCCUGUGUUGAUCCAUCCAGCUUGCCAGAUGCUGCAGAGUCACAAGCCUCGAGGUGCCUUCUUCAGGGCCUGGUUGAUGAAGAUGAUCAGUGGACAGUCUGCUCUAGAUGAGCUGGGCCGGAGGGUCAGGAAACCCAGUCGCCCUUACUUCUUGCCCUGGGGAUCAAAGUUCUGCUUUCUCCCCAGUGAGACUUGCCUUCCUAAGCCUGUGGCUGUGGAGACCGUGUCUGCAGCCCUGAGAAAGCCCUGUCGGGCUUUGUGUGAAGGCAGAGAAAGAGACGAUGAUAGUAGAGUGAUAUGGAGCAAGAGAUAUUUUGGGCAUGUGGGCUUCAACUCCUCCACAUCACUGUUCACGCUGGCGAGUGAAUGCCAGUGUGCUGACGGGCGUAUGCUGGUGCUGAGUAGAUGCGCAGCCCCAUCUGUGCAUUCUCCUGGAUGCUUAGAGGAAUUUCUUUGCUGUAAGAUGUCUGUUUGCUGAUGAUCUGGUCUAUGUUCCGAAUUGAGCACAAACUCUGUCCUAUGAAUGCUUUGCAUUUGGAAUUUUUGCUUGACUUCAGUUAUUGGUGGAAUCUUUAGCUCUCAAUAGGACCAGGAUCCAGCCUCACUUCUAGGGUAUGAGAAAUCCAAUCAGAGACCAGGCCCUGGCUAAGACCCAAACAUAAGCACAUUCACUUAGCAGAACCUUAAACACCCCUCAGUUGUGCAGCUUUUGGUCAUCAAGGGUGUGUCUGGGAGGUUGGUUUAAUGCAAUAGAAGUGCUCCCCUCUGAAAGUUGUACAUGAAAUUUUUGUAAAUCACAUCCUUAUCCUUCAUCUUUUAAAGAAAUAACCACUGCAAGUCCUUUUGUAAAGUGAAGAAUCCUUUUGUAGAAUGAACCACUGCCCCUUCAUUGAUUUCCUGUGUCAAUCCAGAUGGUGGGAUGUGGUUUUCUCAAGGUGAGGCCUGUCUGUGACCUGCAUCUAAGCCCAUGGGACAAACUGCACAGAAGUCCUGUAUGUCUGUCAUUGUACCCUUAAGUCACCCUAGCCCUCUCCCUCUAGGCUCUGCCUUCGAGGUCAGAGGAGAGAUAGCCUGUGGCCCUGUCCUGUCAUGCAAGAACUCAUCACUGUGGCUGUCUGGAAAGCCCCCCUUAUAGUUUGGGCUUCAGCCCAGUGGCUUGUCCUCACCGUGAUGGGGCCCUAAUUCAGCCAUGUGCAGACAGAGAAUAUGUCUGCUCCCUUCCCCUCCCUUUUAAGUAAGGUCCAAUUCUUGAGCUUGGGGCAACAUUGUUCACCUUUGUAGCACUCAGGAUCUCCAUUCAAUUUCAGGCUCCCCAGAUCAUGUUUUGGUGAAUAUUAGGGUUGGUUCCUUUUGAACGUUUGGAAUAUCCUGUGAGGAGCCCCAUCUGUCUAAAGAUAGAGUCAUUGCUGUAGGAUCUAAGGCUGUUUGCUUCACAGUGGAUUCGCUUGAGUUAGGAAUGAGAAGUAGCCACAGUAUGGAUGGGUGGAUGGGUUUUAUGAGAUGGCUCACGUAUUUUAUUAAGAACUCAAACUACUGGCUCCCUCUUCUUUCAGACUUGCCAUGUGACUCUGGCUUGGCCUAUCUCCUGGGGCUAUGGUGUGGACUGAAUGGGAUCAUGAAAGUAGACAGUAUUGAGAAUGUAAAGAGCUUUUUUUCUCAAUCCCCCGGUGGGGUUUUGCAGCCUGAGUCCACGACCUAGGCAGUGGGCCGGUGUGCCUGACUGCUCAGCAUUUGGGUAAUUUAGAUCGUAAACCACUUUGGCCUGAGUUAUCGAGAUUGUCCUCAUUUCUCCAGAUUAUCUUUUUUUUUUUUUUUUGUGAGAGACAGUGUCUUCUUCUGUCACUCAGGCUGGAGUACAGUGGUGCCAUCAUUGCUGUCUGCAGCCUUGAACUCUGGGCUCAAGCAAUCCUCUCACCUCAGCCUCCCGAGUAGGGAGGACCACAGGUGUGAGCCACCACACCUGGCUAAUUUUUACUUUUUUUUUUUUUUUUUUUUUUGGUAGAGAUGGAGUCUCGCUAUAUUUCCCAGGCUGGUCUUGAAGUCCUGGCUUCAAGCAAUUCUCCUGCCUUUGCCUCCAGAAGCACUGGGAUCACAGGUGUGAGCCAUUGCACCCAGCCCAGAUUGUCUUAAUUUCUGUCUUGUUCCAAGGCCAGGGACAGUAAUAAGAAUGGAAAAGAGAUAUGGGAACACUGGCAGACUGUGUAAAAUGUAAUGCAACUACCUAAAACAAGCCUGGUAGGAAAGGGCAAGGCUUUAGGUCUUUGUAAGAACUAAAGAAGAUCUGUAAUUUUUAUUUUCACCCUCUGUACCCCAUGACCUUAUCCUUCCUCUCCUUCCUUGUUACCCAUGAAAAACUGGCAACAUUCCAAGAAUAGCAUCUGUACAAAGGGGAAAGAACAUAAAGGUAAAACAAAACAAAACAACAUUUUGAGAACAAAGAUGACCAUAACCACUGAAGGGAAUCACAUCUUUUAAGACAAAUUCAUAUUCUUUUAUUUGUUAUGGCAGAUGACAAGAUGGUACAACCUUUAUUCUUUUCCAAAAUAAAACAAAGGGCACAGCAUCUACAGUCAGCCGACAACUAUUUCGGCCUUUUGGGGGUGGGUCUGGCCGUACUUGUGAUUUCGAUGGUACGCGACCCUCUGCUGAAGACUUGCCCCCUGCCCGUGUACAUAGUGCAUUGUUUCUGUGGGCGGGCCCAGCACUUUCCGUCAAUGUUGUACUGUAUGUGAUGAAUUGCGUUGGUCUCUGCAUUUUUCUGCAGAAGAGGAGUAACCGCUCCAGGUACCUUGACCUUUGUACAGCCCAGAGGCCAACACUGUGGGUGUGUGACUCUUUAGCAAAAAAAAACCCAUGUGGUGAUGAUGUGUGUAUAUAUAUAAGGAUAUAUCGGGAAGAUUUCUAAAUAAAAGUUUUACAAAGGGGC